GUAUUCACUUCAUGAUAAAUAAAAUGAAAAAUAAAAAAAAAGCAAAAAAAAAACUAAGUGAAAUCUUGUUGUUGCCUACCACUGCAAUGUGUUCCCACACCAACAAACAAUGAAAAUCAAUAAAAAGCCAAACGGAACAGUUGAAACGCGAGCAAUAGCAAGGCUAGCCACACACCCUCUGUUGAAGCAGAAAAUAUCUACUAUCAAAGAUGCUGUCAAAGCUUUUAAAGAAGCCAGAAAAAUUGCUGUGGAGCAGGAGGCUAAAACUGAAGAAACAAACAAGCGUGAUGAGGCUGUACAAAUUGUGAGAACAGACAAAAAUAAACAGAAGAAAACAAAACGGAACCAAAAAGCAGAAGACUCAAAAAGAGCAGAGGACAAAUCUUUAGACAAUCCUCCAUGUGAAUUACACUACAUAAAGAGACUGAUUUUGUUGCUAGCAAUCAGCGACAUGAGGAGAACAUUCUUGAUUCUCAAAAUGGUCUUAAGCAAACUUCACCCACAGUACCUAAUGCUGAAAGGAAAAUAGUAGAGGGUGUCCCAGAGAAGCCAGCAUCAGUCACAGUUCCUAAAGUAUUGGCUGAAAAGAAACCAGUGGUAGGUGUUCCAGAAAAGCAAAUGUUAGAAAAUAAAAUUGAGAACAAAAGUAGACUUGUAAAGAAAACUCCAGUACGUGAAUCUGGCUCUGACUCCAGUGAUAUUGAGGACUCUGAUAACGAAGACAAGGAGUAUUUUGAUGACAGUACAGAAGAAAGGUUUUAUAAACAGAGCUCUGGUUUUGAAGACAGUGAUAGUGACAAUGAGGAUGACUUCUUUAUAGGAAAAGUGAGACGAACAAAGAAAAAAAAGUCAAGCAAAAAACCUCCUGCAGAUAAAGUUGAAGAGAACCUUCCAGCAGAAACCACAACACCCUCAGCUGGAGGUAUGGAGAGUCAGAAAGGCAAUCCAGCUCCCAAGACUGUAAAAUUGGAGUCUGUUUUUUGUACUUCCUUAUCAAACACAAAACAAAAAUCUUCAUUUGUGAAGAGAGAGCCAAAAUUACCUCCUUUAAGGAAUAAGAAAGCAGUUUUUCAACAGGCACCCAAAUUGGUAAAGAAACCUCAAGCUGCCAGAAACAGCAUGGUGAAGUCACAGAGUAAACCAGAGCCAGCUCUUCACCCUUCAUGGGAAGCCAGCAGAAAACGCAAAGAGCAGUCUCAGAUUGCCAUAUUCCAAGGAAAGAAAAUUGUAUUUGAUGAUUAG